UCGGUGACAUGGCACCGAGUGCUCCGAGUGUGCCGGGACACUCGCUGCGCCGGAGGUACCUCGCAGUUCAUCUCGUGCAAGGAGUAGCGGCAGCCGUGCAGGGCCAACGGGCUGGGAAAGGGAGCUUUGAUCAAUAUUCUAUCAACGGCGAGGCGGCGACCGCCGCCACCCCCGUGGUCGAUGAGUGCGUCGUUCCGCCCACCGUGGUCCAAAAUCGCGCUCUGCGCGUUCGCAUGCGUGUGCUCCCUCGCGUACCUGUCCAAGGCCGCGGUGCACCCGGGCAUCGUCGCACCGCCGAAACCGGAUGACGCUUCUUCCGUGGAGGGCCAGUAUUCCGCGGAGGGCCGGUUUUCCGCAGAGGAACGGCAUUCGGCAGAGGAACGGCAUUCCGCAGAGGAGCGGCACUCCCCAGAGGACCGGUAUGGCGCUGUCCCCCGACCACAGCAAGCGGCGGCGGCAGAGGAGGAGGGGACUAAGGCCGCCGCCCCCGGCGUCCUGGAAGUAGGGGCUACUACCCCGGGGAGUGCCGAGGAAGAGGGACAUGGCUCGUUGAGGUCGAGGGAAGGGGAAGAACAGGAGGGUACGUCGCCCGAGGAUGGGAUCGACGGAACUCCCGACGGCGGCGUUGCGCUUGCCGGGGAUGGUGCCAGUAGGUCUGCUGCUUCUGUGGCGGCUACGGUCCGGCCGCCGGCGUCUCCAGGACAGUGCUGGAUUUUUAUGCACCUGCAGAAGUGCGGCGGGAGCACGGUAAAGGACAUGCUUGAAGACAGGUGGAGGUCUCGCUUCUUCAUCUACGACUCUAUGCGGUGGAAGUUCGGCGACGAGUUCUCGGCGAACUUCGGUGCAAAACUGGCCCUUGGAGACAAGUGGAACGUCAUGACCGGCGGGUACACCGAGGCCCUCAGAAGAUCGGAUCCCGUCGGCGCCGGCUGCCAGUUUUUCACGCUAUUCCGGCACCCGAUCGCGCGUAUGGUCUCGGCCUAUUUCUAUUGCCGGUCCGUCCCGGGCGACGUGGCCUGCGCCUCUGAGGUCGUGCAAGCGAAGGACGUGGACUUGCUGACCUUCGCCAAGCACUGGGGAAACUUCGCGCUCCGGCAGUUCGCGCUAGGCUUCGUGCCCUCCGAUGACGUACAGGAGUACAUUCGGACACCAGAGGCGCAGGCUCUCCACGACUUUGACCUGCAGGAAGUUGGGGGCUGGUAUCAGCUGAAAAUGUACCUGGAAAGGCCUCAAAACGAGGAUGAGGGUGUGUCGGGGCAGAGAGAGGCAAUGACGGCCCACCAGGAUGGUGCUGCCACUGCAGAGGCCCCGCUGUACGACCUGCUGCAGCCGGCGAUGGACUUGAUUCGUGACGGCUACGUGGCGGUUGGCAUUCUAGAGCAAUGGAAUAUCACCCUUGAGCUCUUCGACCACGCGCUGGACAUGCCGGUGAUGAACUGGAAGGAGCAAUUCGCCGAGAGCGGGAUGCAUCACGUAGACAUCGUAAACAAGCAGCUCGAGAUAGAGACGCUACAGCAAGCCUGGACGGACUCCGAGCUAAAGGGGUAUAUGCGGCUCGACCUGCUGCUGUAUGAGCACGCCGUCGACGUUUUCCACCAACAGGCACGCAGCCACGGUCUACUAUAAGAGGGCGGAGUGGGUGUGUUUCAAGGGCCAGGGGCUCGACGAAUGGUGGAGGGGCGGGGGGGUGUGGGGGUUAUCUCAAUUUUGCCGAGGGAUAUACUCGUUUUUUUUGCGGAAAUCGACCGUGUGUCGUCUUCGGCUUGGCAUUGCACGUCGUGGAGUUGCGGCCUGAUCAGACAAUGGGGAAGGGGGAGAGGGAAACAGUCUUGAAUAUGGAAUUCUAUGUGGGUUUGUUUCUAGUGCACUCGCUGUCUGCCGUGUUAUUGCUUGCAUAUUUGCGUGUCCGUUCUGAUCCUGCCGUGUGUUCGUCCUCUCUUUUUGCACUAACCGGGAAGUCAAUCGUUGCACCAGAAUAUUGUCUUGGAUGGAGAUAAACGCAGUGCCAUUUGUUCGGUUUGAUGCGUAUGUUUUGUAAUUUUCCGGUCGGUUUGUUUUGGUUCGACAGUUGCACCAAAAGUCUCCUGCGAGCAGAUACAUGCAGUGCUAUUUUUUCGUUUUGAUGCGUAUGUAAAGUAUGAUUUUCUCUCUGUUUGGUGCUGGUGUUCGUCGUUGAUUCGAUACCAAAUUUCCAGGCGAUGUGAAAUGGAACUGCAUGCUGUGUGUUCCGUACAUUUUCGGUGCCUUUGCUACUUUAUGUACGUCGAUUGCAAUAACAGGAAACAGAUCCAUGUAACGAUCGUUUGACUUCGGAUGUACAGCAGCACGUGCGUCAGAUUGCCGUCUUUUCUGACGCGCUGCAUGAUCACUUGUGAGAUGUCUGUUCGUCCAGCAGUUUUGUUCUUGUUGUGGUGUUUUCACGCAUACAUAACCUACCGCGCUGUCUGUUGAUUUCCGUGCGACUAAGCUCGAAGGGGUCGGUGGGGGGGGGGUAUCAGACUUGACAUGCCUUGUUCCGCUCUGCAUGUGGAUGUGGAUCAUUCGUUGAGGGGGGUGGUAGAGUUGUCAUUAGACACGAGUCGUAGAAGACGAAAUCAUCUAUCUCCUAUCGUUAACCGAGCACCAAGGUUCGCUUGAUAUGGACUCCCAAUUUUGGAGCAUCUGCACACGAUGCGUCGAGCGGUUAGUGGUGUGGACAACAGGGGCAUGAGGUUCCCUCGAUGGCAACAACGUGUAAUAAUAUUUGCCAACUGGUGACCUCUACCCUAGUCAGUAUGUUUUUGUCGUUGUUGUUGUAGUGUGGUUCAUAUGCGUAGCUUCAACGAGUUUAGUUGCUGGAAGGAAAGGAUGUCGUGCUCGUCGUGUCUGCGAUGUGUUUACUUUCAUCUGUGUGAUGUUGGAAGCGCUGAUGUCCUGCACUUUUUUUUUUUGCGUUUGUGCAUGCUUGCCACUCGGCCGUAGUAGAGUAGUGGUAGGCUUUUCUACACGAAAGGAGCAGCACGCGUGAGCGAGCAAGCGACGUCUUUUCGUUAAUUGCAGAUUUUCGAUUCGUGCCAAACGUGCGGCCACCGCACUUUGUCUUUGCUCGUUUAUCAAUCUCUUUUUGUAAUAAACGAGUGGCGGUGUUCGCAGUGCCUUUGCGUGACACUGCCACCGCUCUCGAAGUCGCCGCCAGCGAAUUGUAUUGCAGCGUCGUUGAAAUACUGUCUGUAGCGUUCAUUCCGCCAUGAUGAUUUCUGUCUGAUGAGCUCGGCGAAUCAUGAUAUGUGUGUCGAACCAUUAAUAAUAGUUACAGGAGAAGUACACGGUUAUCAAUCAGCGGGCACUCAAAC